UCCUCCUCCUCCUCCUCCUCCUCCUCCCUGCCUGCCUUCACUCCCACCUCCUCCACCUCCCUCCUCCGGACUCAAAUGCUACUAUCGCCGGUAGGUUAGCUGCUGUCGGUCUGUCAGCCGGAGACACUGACUGUAAAGGCUUUGAUUUCUCAGCCCCACCGCCCCGGAGGAGACCACGGAAACAGCUCUGUGCGGUAUGUACACACCGGGAUGCAGUGGAAAAAGUCCGGUAACGAUGUGUCUGUUGGCGUGAAGCCGUUACAGUCUCACCUGGGGAUGAAGAUAUCUCCCAACUUGAAUUAACAACUGCAAGGAGACAAGUGGACGAAAGAUAAUCCUUCCACAUAAUCCCACUCGGACAGAGGAACACCACUCUAACACGCAACAAAAGAAAAAGAACGGCACCCGAGUGACCAGCUAACAGACACGUUGAACUUUGACCAGACGGGGCUUGAGAUAAAUGGCUGACAAGCAGAUCAGUUUGCCUGCCAAAUUGAUCAAUGGGGGGAUCGCUGGCCUGAUCGGAGUGACCUGUGUGUUUCCCAUUGACCUGGCCAAGACUCGCUUGCAAAACCAGCAAAAUGGAUCUCGCCUUUACACCAGCAUGUCAGAUUGCCUUAUUAAGACCAUCCGAUCAGAGGGGUAUUUUGGGAUGUACCGAGGUGCUGCGGUGAACUUGACACUAGUCACGCCAGAGAAAGCCAUCAAAUUGGCUGCUAAUGACUUCUUCAGGCAUCACCUCUCCAAAGAUGGAAAACUCACUCUGGUCAAAGAGAUGCUUGCUGGGUGUGGGGCAGGUACAUGCCAGGUUAUUGUCACAACUCCUAUGGAGAUGUUGAAAAUCCAGCUCCAAGACGCUGGGCGAAUUGCUGCUCAGAGGAAACUGAUGCCAGAGACGGUGGCAGCAGGUACUGUGGAGACCAAAUCUCCGACAGCCAUGCAGAUCACCAGAGAAUUGCUGAGGGAAAAGGGCAUUGCUGGGCUGUAUAAAGGCCUCGGUGCCACAUUGCUCAGGGAUGUUCCUUUCUCCAUCAUCUAUUUCCCCCUUUUUGCCAACCUAAAUAACCUAGGAAAAAGAGGCGUGGACGGUCCCGCUCCUUUCUACGUGUCGUUUAUAUCAGGCUGCCUUGCAGGGAGCACAGCGGCUGUUGCUGUCAACCCUGUUGAUGUUAUAAAGACUAGACUGCAGUCCCUGACCCGAGGGAGCACAGAAGACACGUACAGUGGAGUGACUGACUGUAUCAGGAAAAUUUUGCGUAAUGAGGGUCCAUCAGCCUUCCUGAAGGGAGCCUACUGUCGAGCCUUGGUCAUCGCACCUCUGUUUGGCAUCGCCCAGGUGGUCUACUUCCUGGGUGUGGGUGAAUUUCUCCUCAGCUUCUUGCCUAAAAAAGACAACUAAGAAGCGUCUCCUUUCUGCCUUCCCCUCCCAUAACGCAUUCCCCCAACUACAUGAGGAUUCAUCUCAUUCUGAAGGAAAUUCUUGAUGGGUCAUAGUUUGACCAGUCAGUGUGUUUUGUUUUAAAUCUGUUGUGUUGAAUGUUUUAUAUAUAUAUAUAUAUAUAUAGUUCAGGACGGAGCCUUCGUUUGCCAAGCUGCCUACGGUGGCACACGAAUUCCAGUCGGCAGGCUCAGCUAGCUCUCUGGAAAUGAAGCCACAAAUAUCAGUAGAAGUUUUAAAAGGAACAUUGCUUUAUCAUUACAACAUUUCACUGCAUUUUUGAAUAUGAUUGUUGAAUUGUCAGAGUAGAUGUACUGCCCUCGGUUGCUGCAGUUCUGCAAACGCUACAGUACCUAAUUUUUUAAAAGUUCAUUAGCCUUUUAAUGACAGAGAAGACCCUAGCAAUUUUAAAUGAUAAAUUAUAAGUAAUUUAAAUCAAAAAUGAAAUGCACAUUCCUCAUUUAGAAAGAUAUCUGAGAAUAUUACGUCUGGUAGGAUGCUCUUAGAAAUUCUUAUUUUCCCCGGAUCGUGUGUCUUAAAGUCGACACACAUAGAAUUAGAGUAAAAGACAUGCCUGUGUUCCAGACAAAGACCCAGGCACAGUGUGUUGAUGUGAUACCAGCACAGAUCUCUGUGAUCUUUCCUGAGAAGCCACUUCCCUUCCUGUAAGUGGUUUUAAUGAACUCAGCCAUUCUGCUCCGAGCACGCUUUGAUUGCCUUGGCUUUUUGCGUAGAUCAGGUUCCAUAUGAUAUUUAGUGCUACCACAAUGGUUCGGCUGUUUUUCUUGCCUGGAAGACAUCUCAGAUUCCUGGUUACACCCUGGACUGAAGCAGCAGUGUACAACAUUUGGGCAUUAUGCACAAGCUACACGUUAAACCUGAGACAGAAUCCCAAAAAUGCUGCUGCUGCUUUGUGCUUCUGUGAAUCAAAACUGUACGGCAUGUUGUACCUCUGACCACACCCCAAUCAGUGAUGUAGCAGCAGGAGUUUCUCCUUUGUGGAAAAAAAACACCUGCUGUGACAUCACUGAUUGGAUUGUGGCCUAAAGUGCAGCAGCAGUUUUGUGCCACGUGUGAUUCAUCAUGGAUUCAGACAAAACCGCUAAAACACUAAAAGGAGUGAAAGUCGUUUUGACAGAAAUUCACAUUAUUAGCUAUUAUUCUGACAAAUGGUCUGACAUCACCUGCUGACACCUGUGAGUACCGUCGUCCAUUGUGGAGCCACUAAGUCAGGAGCAGUCCGUGCCCCUUAGAUUCACACCUAAUUCAUUUUGUUUACAGUUGAGGUCACACUCAAUUUUUAAUUCUUUGUCCAAACUUGAAUUCAGUGGCAGGACCCAAAGAGCUAAUGAAAAACCAUUCUUUGUCGCAAACCAAUGUGUUCUCGGUGUGCUAUGAUUUUUUUUUUUUUUUUUUACCAAACAUCUCUGCUUGUUUGCUUUAAAGGUUUUGUUUGCUUUAAGCUGGUAGGGAAAGCAGCCCUGUCCUAUCUUGUUUAUGCAUCACAGCACUGAAGCCCUGCCAUUGGUUUAUCUCGUCGGAGAUCAAGGUGACUUUGAUGUGUAUUAUCCAAUCACAUUCCUUCCUCGCUCCCACUCUUCAAGCAGCUCGUCAAUUGUACCGUUGCACUGUAGAUACACGAUGCAACUUUUCAGUGUCGUAUCAUUUGUGGGAGUGAGCUUUAUUUAUCGAUAUUCCUUUCUAUAGGCAGUAUAGCACUCUAUAUUUGUAUGUGUUGUUUUUUCUGUCAAAGUGUCCACCUUAACUAUAUUGUACAUAUGCAGAUGAUAUGAACUUUAUGUUAUAGCAUUUAUUGUUUGUUUUGUACAUGAUGGCUUAUUUGCACACCUACCUCUCCAGCUCCCCCCCCUCCUCAAUUCAUAUUGUGGUAAUUUUAUGUUAUGAUGACGUGGACAUAUCAAAUGAAGUAACAUUAAUGCAACAAGUAUCAUUUGAUCUUAAAUGCAGCACAUUAAUGAGGGUUUUUUUUGUUUUACUGUAUGCAAAGGGGAGUUUAGAUCUUGUUAGAUGGAUUUUUGGAGGUGCCAUUUCCCCCGAGCUGUCGGUGAAGUCUUUGGGUUCAACCUGUUUCCUACUGUUUAAUUAACUAGGACCAAAUGAAGCAUCGUGUAAUGCUCAUAGACACGUGGUUAGUUUUAAAGGGAAUGAGUUACGGCACAGUUAUGGAACUGAAAUGUAAUAUGCUCUGGACAAGGCCAGUAGGGACCUAAUGUAGAUCUGUCUGUUUGAAUGGUGCUUCUUUCAUGAGGUAGCUGCAAUAUAACGGUGGCGGCGCUAACGACCAAGGCUGUACUGACUGAAUAACAUGUGAGCUCAUCUCAGCUUUAUCAGUGUCCUGAAAGCCAUAGGUCAGGGAGGGACGGCUAGACAUCGACCGGCACCUCCAGCCGUUUUGGCAGAAGCUGAGCCAACCUGGCUUCAUAGAUUCCUGUCGUAGUUUUUUGACAUUCCGAGUUCAUCUCAUAUACGCUGUUGUUGUGAUCAAAAUUGCCUCAUUUUUUGUGUUGUUGAGAUUAUUGUCGAUUGCGAUCUUUUGAAUCCCGCACCCCUCCCCGUCACUAUUUUCGCCUGUUUUCGGUCGAAUCUUGAAAUUGUCGUGCAAGUCUUUUUGUUUUUACUCAGCUGUGAAUUUCCACUGACCUUGUGAAUAUGGUUUUGUAUGUGUGUCUGACGGUGUAGUGCUGUAGUUGAUGUGUAGUUGUUAGUGUGGCUCUGCAGUAUUUUUCUCUUUAAUUGUCAGUCCCAUGCUCUCUCUUCCCCUUUUUCUUUCUGUCUGUCACACUUCCUCUGCCAUCUACUCUACCCAGCAUCCACCGCCGGGGUGCAGGGUGACACAGAGGAACCUCUAAAACACCAAAUGUAUGACUUAGAGUGUAUACAAUCACAGAAAGCACAAAGGAUUAUUAGGCACAAGAAACCACGUGGCCCAAGUUCUUGGAAAUCCGUGUGCUUCUUCUGCACACAUGAGUAUUGUUUCUGUGCAGAUGUUGACUGAAAUUAACUUUAUAGUCUUGUAAGAAAAGUUUGUCUAUGUCUGUAAAAUACUGGAUCCAUAGGGCUGAGACAACAGCUCAGGCGAUGGUGUCCACUAUGUUACCCCGUCAGCAGUUAUCCACAAAAUGUAUAUCGCCUACAUAUUCUAAAUGAAUCAGAUAUAAGAAUGUAACUUAGAUAUUAUAAGAUGUAUUAUAAUUAUAGUGAAGAGUUUAUUACAUUUUAAUCUAAAGAUUUGUGCUUUACACAUUCACUGAGAAAUUAAUGAACCAGCUCACUGAUAUGCAAUAAGUAGAAACCACGCACGAAUACACAAUAUUAAGAAGAGAAAACACAGAAAAGAAAACACCUGUCAAUCACAACAUCACACAAUGUAUGAAUAAUGCAACCGGGGACCUUGGAGGCCUUUUGGGGUCUGAGCUCACUUUAGGCCUCUGUUCUCUUCCUCCAAGAGGAAUCGUGCAUUACAGCACUUUAAAACAAGGACCCCCACCCCACUGUCCAUCUAUGAAGUCUCUCUAUGACAUAGAGGGUGUUUAUGAAUAUGUGUGGUGAAUGACACAGUUGUCCUAGACAUUGUUUACAAUGCAAUGGAAAAAAAGAGAAAAUAUUAUGUUCCCUGUCACAAUUUGCUGUUCAAUAAAAUGACUGUCCUCA